UCACACACUCUCAUUUCUCUGGAUACAACAGCUGGUGAACAGCCGAAGUCCGACCUAAGACAGAUCAGAAACUAGAAACUGAAGUUACAUAUAGGACAGAAAAACUGUCGCCUUUGCUCUAAGUGCCAAAACAACUGUGCGCAAUUACGCAUAAAAUAACUAUGAGUGCCACAACAGCAAUGGAUGUGAACGAGGAAGCAAGAAGGAUAUUGACCGUGUCGAUAAGCAAGCUUUAUGCUUCCAGGAGCCAGAGAGGGGGACUUAGACUCCACCGGAGCCUUCUGCUCUCCCUGGUCAUGAGGUCCGCCCGGGACAUCUAUCACUCUUCUCGAGAGGUCGAAGCGCCGAACACAGCGCAGUCAGCAUCAGAGGAGCCAAUGGACACCAGCUCGAGCCCGGGAGAACAAACCCGAGAGCCAGACCAUCAAGCUGAGCCAAAGACAGCCAUGAACGUGGCUGAAACGGCCCCAGAGGAGUCGAGUAAUGAGGACGCGUAUGACUGUGAGAUCACAGAGGACAAAGAGAACUUGAGCCCGGCGAGGCAGUCCAGGAAACGCCGGGGCAAGGCGUCGGCGGCGCCCGACUUCCUUCCCAUUAAGAGGGCGAGACUGGAGCCCGGAGAAGAGAGGUAUGCGGCCCCACCGAGCAGCUGUCGCACCGGGGCUGCGGAGACUCUGACCACCCUGUCUCUAAAUCGGGUCAUACCUGCCUUCUGAACAGUUAGAGGGAGGAAAAAAGCCUCCAACUGGACUUUGGAGUGGAGUGAUUCUCAACUCCCUGUUAACCUAUAAGGGUAGUUUGAUCCCUUUUGUGCACCAGAGAGCUGACCUAUAUCAGCAGUCCCAGAACAAAGGGAUUACAGGUGCCACGGAGUGAGUUCUCCGGUCAUUCUCAGUGUGCCUGCUGGGCUGGUGAAGCCAGAACAACAAGUAAAGAAGUAGACGGAACAGGCCGAGAGGAGCUACAGUCUGGAAAGUUUGAAGAAGAAACAGAAGGAGAACUGGUUGUGUUGCCUAUUGUUUCCUGAUGACUCAUCUUCUACUCAACAGGUCCAAAUAAGUGACAACUGCUGAGUCAAAAUGAGUGGAUGUGUGAAUCAGCGAAGAGUCAGUUGGAGAAAGAUUAAAGUGGUUAAGAGUUGACCACAGGACAACAUACACACGGAGACAAACACAAAACCAGAACUUCAGGGUAUUUCCUGUCUUCAUAACCAGUAAUAUGAGUCAAACACUGAAAGAGGAAGGAUAACUGAGACAGAAAUGCUGCCACAGACACUUUUAUGCACACAGCUGCUGUGGACUUUGAUAAAUCAAUACUACUGCUUUGGGACUGUCCUACAUUCCGCAUUCACAUGGUGCUAUGAAAAAAAGGAAGAAAGAACACAUGAGGCUAGAAGCCUGUUCGUUUAACUUUGUGUUUUAUUUCAUUUCACUGAACUCCAUUUCUUCAUGUCUGACCUGUGAAAUACUAUUACCUCGAAUUCCAAGCUGCUUACUGUUUGUGAUUGAAUUAAUGUUGUAAAAAUUUGUAAUAAACCUGUUGAAAGGUUA